GAUUCCUGUUGGAGAGCUUGUUUUUUCCCGUCACUCACUUGCUGGACUUGCGCUGUGGCUUUCCUUUCUUUCUUUAUUAUUUUUUUUUUAAAGAGAAAAAAAAAAAUAAAACCCCGAUUCGUGUGUUUUUUUUUCCUCACCGGAUCUUAUAUGCAUUGAAGUUGUUUCAGAGAGAGAGAGAGAGAGAGAGGUAGAGAGGGAGCCGCGCGCGCUUGGCGCUUGCCGUUUCUGCGCACACACCAUGGCGCGCUCCGGUGGAUACGCGAGUGUGAUGAGGAGGAGAAGAACGCCUCUGGCUGGGGCACUUUGGAUGGCAUUGCUCUGCAUCGUCUCCAGGACGCAGGGCUCUCAGACUCCCCGUAGUUUUGUCGAGCUGCGUUUUGUGUUGGAGCCCCAGGAUGUGGUAACAAUACGAGGUGGUAUACUACAGCUGGACUGCCAGGCACGAUCUGACCGUGGUCUACCCUCCAUCUCAUGGAAGAAGGACGGCGUGCUGCUGAGCUCGGUGGUGGACGAGCGGAGGCAGCAGCUGGCCAACGGAUCACUUCUGGUGCAGAAUGUUGUGCACUCUCGUCAUCACCGACCGGAUGAAGGAGCCUAUCAGUGUUUAGCCACUCUGGAGGGCGUCGGGGCCAUCAUCAGCCGUACGGCCAGGGUUACUGUUGCUGGUCCUCUGCGUGUGGUGGUCCCCACCGAGUCGGUCUCGUCCUACAUGGGCGACACGGCACUGCUGCGCUGCGAGGUCACAGGUGAGCCCAUGCCUGUAGUGCGCUGGCAAAAGAACCGUGACGAGCUUCCCUUGACCUUUGACCCCGACAGCAGGGUGGUGGUGCUGCCUUCCGGCUCGCUGCAGGUCAGCAAGGUGCAACCACCUGACGCCGCCACCUACCGCUGCCUGGCGGAGAACCCUGGGAGCGCUCGCACCGGCACGGACGCUGACCUGAGGGUGUUACCGGAGCCUGGAGUAGUGCGAAAUCUGGUCUUCCUCCAGAGACCCAUGAAGGUCACGGCUCUACAGGGCAGAGACGCAGUGCUGGAAUGUUCCGCCUCCGGCUACCCAACCGCCUCUUUCUACUGGAUGAGAGGCACCGAGAUGAUCCAGAUCAGAUCGAGGAAGUACACGCUGCUCGGCGGGAGCAACCUGCUAAUCAGCAGCGUCACGGACGACGACUCGGGCACAUACAGCUGCGUAGCGUUUAACAAAAACGAGAACAUCACGUCUUCCUGUGAGCUCUCCGUUCUAGUGCCGCCACAGUUCUUGAGCUACCCGUCCAACACGUACGCAUACGAGAGCACGGAUAUCGAGAUGGAGUGUGCGGUGACGGGGAACCCUCAGCCCACUGUGCGCUGGAUGAAGAACGGAGAGGCAGUCAUUCCAAGCGACUACUUUCAGAUCGUGGAUGGUGGCAACCUGCAAAUUUUGGGCCUAGUGCGUUCAGACGAAGGGUUCUACCAGUGCGUGGCCGAGAACGAAGCAGGCAACGCCCUGGCAAUGGCCCAACUUAUACUCCUCGAGCUCGUUGUCCCGAGCUCAGGCGUCCUCCCCUCCUUCCCCCGGGACGUGACCCCCGUGCUUGUGUCCAGCCGCUUUGUGCGCCUCUCCUGGCGCCCCCCAGUGGAGACGCGUGGCACCAUCCUCACCUAUGGAGUUUUCUACACGCAGGAGGGUGUCAACAGAGAGCGAUCGGUGAAUGCAACAGAGUCCGAGAGUCUCCAGUUGACGGUGAGCAAUCUGAAGCCCGAGGCGGUUUAUAUCUUCAGGGUGGUGGCUUACAACGAGCUCGGUCCAGGAGAGAGCUCCGAGCAAAUCCGGCUUUCAACACAACCUGAAUUGCAGGUCCCAGGUCCUGUGGAGAACCUCCGAGUCGAGGCUACGUCCCCAACCUCCAUCCAAGCCUCAUGGGAUCCUCCGGCAUACGCCAACGGCCCAAUCCAGGGCUACCGGCUCCUCUGGACUGAGACCUCCACGGGCAAAGAGCAGAGCAUAGAGGUGCUUGGCCAAAGCUACAAAAUGGAAGGAUUGAAGAAGUUCACAGAGUAUUCUCUACGUGUCCUGGCACUCAACCACCACGGGCCGGGCAUCGCCACGGACGAUAUGCUCAUCACGACCUUCUCAGACGUUCCGAGCGCUCCUCCCCAGAACAUCUCUCUAGAAGUGAUCUACUCACGGAGUAUUAAAGUAAGCUGGCAGCCUCCUCCGGCCAACUCGCAGAACGGCUUCGUCACCGGCUACAAGAUCCGCUAUCGUAAAACGGGUCGGCGAGGGGAGCAGGAGGCCAUCGAACCCAACAACCUGUGGUAUCUCUUCACAGGUCUGGAAAAAGGCAGUCAGUACAGCUUUCAAGUGGCGGCCAUGACGGUCAAUGGCACAGGCCCGAACAGCGAAUGGUACACCGCUGAAACGCCAGAAAACGACCUUGAUGAGACCCAGGUUCCGAACCAGCCAAGCUCUCUUCAUGUCCGUCCGCUUCCCAACAGCAUCAUCAUGAGCUGGACGCCACCACUGAAUCCCAAUAUUUUGGUGAGGGGUUACAUCAUUGGCUAUGGCGUGGGGAGUCCUUAUGCUGACACAGUACGAGUGGACAGCAAGCAGCGCUACUACUCAAUUGAAAACUUAGAACCCAGCUCUCAUUAUGUGAUCUCACUAAAGGCCUUUAAUAAUGCAGGGGAAGGCGUGCCACUGUACGAGAGUGCUGUUACCAGGUCCAUGUCAGAUCCCGUUGACCCAUCAGACGAUGAUUUGUUCCAUCUGUUUGAUAAUUUUCCCACCCCCAUCCCAGAUACGUCCACUCCCAUGAUCCCCCCUGUAGGCGUGCAGGCCGUGGCUCUCUCCUCGGACUCGGUCAGGGUGAGCUGGGCCGAUAACUCCAUGAGCAAAAACCAGAAGAGCAGCGAAACACGCUAUUACUCUGUCAAGUGGAGGGGCAGCCACUCCAGCAGCAGCAAGUACAAGUCUGCAGACACCACAGGUCUGAGUCACACAGUAACAGGUCUGAAGCCCAACACCAUGUACGAGUUUGCCGUCAUGGUGACGAAAGGCCGCAAGUCGAGCACGUGGAGUAUGACUGCACACGCCACCACGUAUGAAGCAGCACCGAGCUCCGCCCCGAAGGACUUAACCGUGAUUGGUCGAGAGGGUCGUCCCAGAUCGAUUCUCAUCAGCUGGCAGCCGCCACUCGAGGCUAACGGCAAGAUCACAGGUUAUAUCGUGUACUACACUUUGGAUAAGAACAUAGCCAUCGAUGACUGGGUGAUGGAGUCGAUCACCGGAGACAGACUCACUCACCAGGUCAUGGAUCUGAAUCUCGACACCGUCUAUUAUUUCCGCAUCCAGGCCAAAAACGCCAAGGGGGUGGGACCUCUCUCUGAGCCUGUCCAGUACAAGACAUCCAAAGUCGAUCAUCCCGACAAGAUGGCCAAUGAUCAAGGUCGUCAUGGAGACAGUGCCUACUGGCCUUCAGACAAUAACCUGAUUGACAGGAGCAGCCUGAACGAGUCCCCGAUUGGUCAGAUCCGACCUCCGCACGGCAGCGUGACUCCUCAGAAGAACAGCAACCUGCUGGUGAUCAUCGUGGUGUCGGUGGGCGCCGUCACCGUUGUCGUUGUGGUCAUCGUGGCUCUCAUCUGCACGCGCCGUUCAUCCGCGCAACAAAGGAAAAAGCGAGCCACACACAGUGCAGGGAAAAGGAAAGGAAGCCAGAAAGACCUGCGACCUCCUGACCUCUGGAUCCACCAUGAGGAGAUGGAGCUGAAGAACAUCGAGAAGCCGCCCAGCUCCGCCCCGUCUGGCCGAGAGUCGCCGAUCCAGAGCUGCCAAGAGAUCGCCCCCGUCAGCCACAGCCAAUCAGAGAGCCAGAUGGGCAGCAAGAGCAGCCACUCAGGCGGUGAUGCCGAUGAAGCCUCCAGCGGAAUAUCCACACUAGAUCGCUCCCUGGCUGCACGGAGAGCCACGCGCUCCAAGAUGAUGAUCCCUAUGGAGUCUCAGCCCAGCAAUACACCGGUGGUAAGUGCCAUCCCGGUUCCCACGCUGGAGAGCAGUCAGUACCCGGGCAUCCUCCCGUCUCCUACAUGCGGCUACACCCCUCACUCUAAAUUCACCCUCAGGCCGAUGCCCUUUUCCACGCUCACCGUGGACAGAGGCUACACCGCAGCCAUAACCACAGAGACCCCGCAGCCCCAGGCAUCUCUAAUCCCCACCGUCCAGCCCGAAGCGUCGGGGGCGGAGGAGAUCCCGAGCCGCUCCAUUCCCACGGCGUGUGUCAGACCCACACACCCCAUGCGCAGCUUCACCAACCCCCUCCUGCCCCCACCCAUGGGCACCAUCGAGCCCAAAGUCUACACUCCCAUGAUGCCACAGCCAGGUGGCAGUCUCCCUAAACCCCAAGUCAAGACAGCUUCGUUAGGACAGGCCGGGAAAGCCAGAUCACCGCUACUUCCUGUCUCCGUACCCACAGCACCAGAAACUGCAGAGGAAGGACAGAAACCAGCAGAAGACCCGGCGAGUGUGUACGAGCAGGACGACUUGAGCGAACAGAUGGCCAGUCUCGAGGGACUGAUGAAGCAGCUGAACGCCAUCACCGGCUCGGCAUUUUAACGUCGGCGACGCACCGGCGGGAGCUGUGAUCUAGCGGAGGGCCGGGGACGCCUGAACCCAGGCCACCCAACCUGUGACUAUUCAGACUCUCUGGUGUCCCGUGUCCCUCCGCUCCAGCCUUUACUCCACUCACGCGUUCAUCUGCAAAAAAGAAAAAAAAACAAAAAAACAAAAAACAUGCGAUGAGACGGAAAAAAAUAGAGAAGAAGAAAUGAAACAACUUUUGACUCAAGACUCUUAAAAGGGAGCGUUUUUUUCAGCCGGAGCUCUUGUUUAGAGCUCAGACCUCCACACGAUUCUGUCACCAACGUUCCGAUGUUGUUGUUGUUUUGUUUUUUUUCCCGUCGUUCCUUUGGUUUCCACUCACAUCAAAGCUUUGGGCGGAUAUUAAUAAGAUGGAGAGGACUGGGUUCAGAAGAAUGACACUCAGGUCCAUCUCUCUGCUGCGCUGUCGCUCCAUCUUACCAUCCAAAAAAAAAAAAACAACACACACACACACACACUCAGAUCGUGACGAAACAUGUCCGCGCUCGGUGGAUUGGGAAAUAAACGAUCCGUUUCACUGCGAAUAUACCUCCAUUUCCUGACCAGUAGUUUGACCUACUAUGACUGUGUUAUAAUGCACAAACUUAAACUUAUAAACACUCACUGUAUCACCCCACGCCACAACUCAAGCAGUGAUUUGUUUUUUUUUUUUCUGUCACGGAGGUGAGACGCAGCAACCUGCGUGCGAAACAAACCUACGAACGAGCAAUUUCACUCCCUUUUUUUUUUUUGUGAUCAGCUUUUCCACGCUGUCGACGCCGCAGGGCGUGAUUGCCGUCCUGUAGAUGAAAGACUCUGUCACGAAGAAUCGGAGUCAACAGCAAAACAUGAAACAUGCUGCUGCGUCAACACAGACCCUGCUUUACUUUCCCUGGUCCUUUCGCUUUUUUUUUCCCCACAUCAUUUUGUGUUUCGUCAAAUCUUCUAUUUUUUUUAAGAAAAACAUGAGUGGGAGACAAUAUAUUUGGAUGUGCCUCUAUUUUUUCCCCUUUAUUUAUUGAUGCCAUCUGUGAGCAUCAGUGCAUUUAUUUUUAUUAUUAUUAUUAUUAUUAUUAUUAUUAUUAUUUUAGAAUUGCACUUGCGCAAAACCUGCCAGUUAGAAAAAUAAUCUUUUUGCAGGACGAAAUCUGAAAAAAAAAAAAAAACAAGGAAGAAGAAGACGUCCUGUCGUUCUGUACGCCCAGAACAAGGCACAGCGCUUACGCCGGAUAUUUUUCUUGUACGCUGUACAUGUGUAAACUUUACCACGGACAAAAAUCACGAACACUGUAGCAAAACAAGAAAAAGAUGCUGUUUUUAUUUUGUUUGUUUUAUGUUUUUUUUUUGUAUUGUACAGUACCAUAGAGCAAUUGAAAAGGAGGAGAUGGUUAGUUAGGAGG